CAACCCAACUGCUCUCAGCUUAUACUACACUGAUAAAUCAGAGUACACGAUAGAGUAGUCCAGUGUGCCACUGCUCUUACUUUAAUUUGACCGCAUAGUGUUUGGGGGGGGUUUUGGCCACGUGGAUAUGAAGGCCUUUCAGGUCCUGUUCAUGCUUCUCCUGACUGCUGCGGCAGCAGACGGUCAGUCUUUCCACCCGGGAAAAUGCCCGCAGCCACCCGUUCAGGAGGACUUCAACGUUACAAGGUACAUGGGCACCUGGUAUGAAAUAGAGAAGCUCCCAGCUGUAUUUGAAAGAGGAAAAUGCAACCAAGCAACGUACAGUCUUCUCGCUGAUGGGACGGUCAAAGUUCACAAUUCAGAGCUGGUGCUUAAUGGGAAGAUAAAUUCAAUUGAGGGUGUUGCCAAAGUGAAAAACUCUUCUCAACCUGCUAUUCUGGCUGUCAGCUUCUUUAAAGGUGUUCCAGACAGUCCCUACUGGGUACUGGACACAGACUACCAGUCAUAUUCUCUGGUGUACUCUUGUUCGGACGUGUUUGGCCUUUUCCACGUUGACUACGCCUGGAUCCUGGCUCGCACUCGGGUGUUGACUGAGGAUGUCAUUAGCCAGUUACACGAUGAGAUGGCUUCUGCUGGUGUCAACUUAAACCGCCUUACAGUCAGUAAUCAGACUGGUUGUGACCAGACCACAGCAUAUGAUUUCCCCAUAUCUGGGACACGGUGGCAUCCAGAGAAAAAUACAUUUGAAUGGGGGAGGCCUUACAUUCCACACUCUCCAUCAGCUGUCAAGACCACCUUCUAUGUGGCUGAAUUAUCUGUCAAUGAAGGGCCGUUUGGAUUUGAAGUCUGGGCAGACGGUGGGAGGAUGGAUGUAGGACUAGAUCCGUCGUCUGCUGGAAAGGCAGUCUCAGGUUCAGCAUGCGGAUGCUGGGAGUCCAAAUGCAAAUCAAAUUGAGCAAGAACAGAUGAGAGUUGCAUAUUGUGGAAAAACUGUAUGCCAAUGUUGUGCUUAGGCACAGGGACAGGAUGGAGGUUAGGGCCUCCUCAAACACUCGUUCUGGUAGCCUGAAGCAUUCCUCGAAGAAGUUCACCAGAGACUGGCUGAGGUGCUGCCUUGUUGCUUCACUGUGAAUGAAGUGGCCUUCAUCUGGGUAGAUCUGAGACACAAAGAAUAGGUGUGUGCCAGGACGAGGAGACAACCGGACGGCGGCACCCCAUGAAGGCUAAGUGUAGCAUUUGCUAUAUUGAUGGACCCCAGGGGACUACACCUCUGACUUCAGAUACAAAAGGAGUAAUGCCACCUGCAAAAGUUUUCAGAUGACUCUGCAAUUGUGGGUUGUAUCAGCGUACAACAGGAAGAGGAAUACAAAGGACUGGUGGACUACUUUUUUGGACGGUGCAAACGGAACCACCUGCAGCAAGACAAAGGAGCUGACAGUGGACUUCCGCAGCACUAAGCCUUCUCUGACACCUGCAUCCAUCGAAUGGGACGAUGUUCAGGUGGCUCACUCCUAUAAAUACCUUGGAGUGCACCUGGACAACAGGCUACAGUGGGAUGGAACCCAGAGGCCCUCUACGAAAAGGGACAAGAGCCAGCUAUACUUCCUGUGGAGGCUCAGAGGCUUCAACAUCUGCAACAGAAUACUGCAGAUCAGAGACGCUAGUAAGCUCAACAAGUUAGUCAGGCCAGAUCAGUGAGUGGAAUUGAGCUGGACUCUCUGGAGGUGGUGACGGAGAAGUGGAUGCUGUCCAAGUUGGUCAGCAUCCUGAACAACAUCCCCCAUCCCUCCAUGACAUGCUGGUCGAGAAGAGGAGAGUCUUCAGCCAAAAAUUCAUACCCAGGAGGUCAUUCCUGCUGGUGGCCAUCAAAUUUUUUUUAUUCUGCUGGACCAACUGGUCAUAGACUGCUGAGAUCCUUACAGACUCACUAAGUGAAUAGCAUUUCUGCAACUCUGACAUAGUGCUAUCUUUUUAAAAUAUAAUUAUAAUAACUUCCAAUCUGCACACUGUAUGAAUGCACAUGUUUAUAGGACAUACUUUUUUGAUUGUGAUUCCUUGCCCUAUUCUGUCUUCAUUGUUUUCUUUUUGUCUAUAUAUCUGAUGGUUUACUUCUGCUGGAGGUAGUAGCACCCCUACUACCUACUACCCUAAGCCUGCCUAUUUUUUUUUAACUCAAGUAAACCGGCUGAGAAUAAGGUUAACAAGAUUAGUGAUUGUAUUUUUUGUUUGUUUGUUUAUUUUCUUAUGGUUUGAUGGGUUUAAGGUCAGUUGUGUUUUGUUGACCUUGGCCCACCCUGGGUUCUGACUAGGAUCCCCCCUGUGUUCCUGUGGGACUAUAAAUAAAUCAGAUUGUUACCACUG